ACCGGGUGACCAAGAAUAAUGGGUUUUGUAAUGUUCUGAUAUGCCAAAAAGGGAAAAAAAUUUCCCUAAUUAAAAACUGGAAAAUGAAAUAACAAUCGAGAAAAAGUGCUUUCGAAUUAUUGUUUCGAUGCAAAAUGAAAGAUUAUUUCGUAUUUCAUUGAAACAAUCACUCAAACGUCAUUUUUUACAUGAUUAUUUAAUUUUCUAAUUUUCAUAACGGGAAUUUUCUCUUCUUUUUGAUAACAUCGAAAUCCCAUUAUUCUUGGUCACCCGGUAAUAUGUAAUACACGUGCCGGAGAUUCUCAAGUGUACAUUUUCGCGUACCUAAAUUAUUAUUAAUCGCUGUUUAAAGUGGUAUUGUCUUGCAGAUGAACUUUCAUCGUUUGAUCUCGUUCCCAUUCUCAUCACCUAAAUCAUCUUUAAGGUAAUGUCGAAGCAAAAAGCCACCAAAGGUUUCCAUGGUUUAUGAUUGAAUUGAAUUCGAAUUCUGUAUCAAGAUCUGUACACGCCUCAAAGAUCGCCGUUAAGAGUCAAGUUUACAGAACCGCUACUCACGUGAAGCAACUUUGUAUACCGGUGUUAUUUUAAAUAUUCUACCGAAUUAAACGUCGUCAGUUGAAUCAAAACUAAACCUUCGCAGCAAUGGAAGUCGCCUAUGGAAAUUCGGACAUUGAUAAUUCAUCAGAAAAACUGUUCGUUUUCCGCGAAUCUGUACCAACAUUACAGAAGAUUGCCAGUCACAGGGUGGCUCUGCAAUUAUGGCACCAUUACCUCAAUCGUGCUAAAUCCAAAGAAAUUCAAGAAAACGCGGGAGAUUUUUUCGAGAAGGUUUUUAACCUGGAUGGAAACUACGAUAUUGAAUCAGAAAAAUUGGCAGAAUUAUUGAAAACACCUCAACGCAUCGAAAAAAUGUUGAAAAAAUCUUUGAUGAAAAUUUAUACCGAAACAGAAGAGUGGAUAAAUCAUUUCAAAAGUAAGAUCUUCACGGAUGGAAUAUCCAGAUAUUGUCCCGAUAAUUUUGAUUCGAGUCUCAUCGUUUGGCGGCCAAAUGGUGAGAUUAAUGGCAAAAGAAGCGCUUCGAAGAUGUUGACCGAAGGUAAAUUAAACACCGAGCAGAAGUUCGUUUUAAUGUGCGCACAUGGUAUGGCUGAAGAAUUGGAAAGAUUUCCCACGAACUCGCUCCCGGAAUUGUUUCAGUGGCUGGGGAUUACUAAUUUAAAUAUUGCGUAUUGGAUUUCUCACCAUAGACAAGAUUUGCGUGAGAUAUGGCGUAGAAUGCCAGGUGUGAUUCGUCCCGAAGAUACUUCGAUCAAUGUAACUAUGGCCAUAGAGUCUGUCAAGCGAUCUUUGCCGUAUGCUUUCGAGUAUUUUUGGAAUCUUCUGAGUGAAAUGGAGCAAUUAGCGGUUGCUCCUAGAAUCGUGCCUCACCUGAAGUCGAAGGAACUUCGAAAAAUCAUGCUACCGACAAUGCCCUACUUUCAACAACUUCGGCUAGUCGACCAAAUUCCUGCACAAUUAAUGACGAUAUUUUCCCUCACAGGUGGUGAUUCCGCCAAACACUGUAUGCCAGAAAAUGUGUUCACAGUUUGGAAUCUGGCAAAAGAUCGAAUUACAGAGCAGCAAUUUGCUAAAUUUCUAGAAGAAGUACUGCUCCAUGUGAUGUAUUCUGAAAAGUACAUGAUUAUGUUGAACAACAUUUGGGAUACAGCUUCUGAUCGUCUUAAGAGAUACAUUGUCGAAAACCAUCCCAACACUAUAUUUAUUCCUUUCUUGUUUUGCGAGCCGUAUCCACCGAGUAGUUACAGAUUGUUCAUGAAAUUUUUACCAUUGUUGAACGAACAUACCAGAAAAUACUUGUUUUGGCCGGAUGACGGUGGAGAUGCGGAUCUCGUAGCUGGGAAGCGGGACACCGAGAUCUGGAACUUAUGUUUACCAAAGGAAUCUGACCGGUUGCAGCUGAAGGAUUGGGUUAUGAAGUCGAGCGGUAUGAUAUCUUAUUGCGCAAUGAAAUUGGAGUGUCUGGAAUUCGACGAGGUAAUCAACGCGGUAGCGUUUUUUUCGCAAAAUGCUAACGACAGUCACAAAUUCUUCAAGAAGUUACUGGAGUCGGAAGGAAUUGAUUUUUAUGGGAAACCAUUCAUCCUGGAUUAUGAAAACUGGAAUAAAUUGAGUAAUUUCAUCGACGUAGUUCUAACAGACGAUUUUUCGACCAUCUCAACGCUAAAGAAACACUUGGUUUCUUCUUUUUCCGCUCGUUAUGUUGGUUGUUGGGACAAAGAAGAAAAUUUCAGCGUGCUGGUUAAAAUAACCGAACAAGUUUUCUCGACCGAAGAGAUGACAACUUUUAAGCAAACAUUGUUUAAACAUUUCCAAAAAAUGAUCUCAUCGCGAAAAAAUUGGCGUCGUUUUAUAGGGAAGUGUUUCGAUACCUUUAUAUCCUGGUGCUCUGAAGAUGAAAGCCGAAUUAUCGAUUUCAGGGAUAUUGUUCCAAUUGAUGUAUUUUUCGACGACAGUUUUCGUGAUAUCUGUUCUUCACCUAAUAACAAUCCUAAAUGUCUGCUUAGCCAGCUAGAUGAGUUUCUAAAAUAUGUUUGUGUCAGUAAUGAAGAAGUUGAUCUGGUAAAAGUACGUAAAUAUUUCGAACGUGAUCGGUAUUGGGUUCGUCAAGUUGAGCAAAGUUUUCUGGGCGAACCUAAUCCUUAUCGAAUCACAAUUUUAAACUGGUUUUUCAGUGUUGAAAAUUGAGAAGUGCUUAUUCAAAUUUCUGUUCAGUGUUCGGUGAGUUGGAAGCAGCGAAGAAAAUACAUUCGGUGUUACUUUGAAUAAAUUUUUUGUAUAUUUUUCGAAUUUUGUAUCAGAUAUAUUUUACUACCUAUAUGUACUUGUAUUGAUUUUUUUUUGCAUUAUUAAUAAUUAUCAUUCGUACUUAUUAUUUUAUUGGUUCUUUUUUUUUGUAAGUUACUGUUCUUCUACGUGGUUUUUUCAAAUUAAAUUUAAUGUUUAUAUUGCCUUACGCGUUGAAGAUGUCACCAAAUUUAAUAGCACAUCACAAUAUUCGGUCCAAAAUUUUGGAAUACCUAGUUGAAGAAAGAUAUAGUGAUCAUUAUACAGGGGUGGCAAAAAGUCAGUUUACCCAUCAUACUUUUGCAUGUGGAUCGAGAACGAAGCAUCCUAGAGAAAAACUGAUGGCAUUAAUCUGAAAGGAAAUUUUAUCCUCUACAAUUUUCUUCAUUGUCAUUUUUCUCUAGGAUGCACCGUUCGCCGAGAAAAUCAAACUUUUAUGUCAAAAAACGUGAAUUUAAAAAAGAAAAAAAAUGAAAAAAAUUCGAGAAAAAAAAUUAAAAUUAAUUUAGCAGUCAAUUUCAGCUAUUUUCAACAUGAUUUCCAUAAAUUGAUGAAAUAUAUUAUGAUUUAAAAGAAAAAAACACGUUAAAAUUUUUUUUUACAAAAACAUUUUUGUAAGGUUCAGUUUUGCUGUUUAAAGUCAGUUUAUGCCAUAAAAAAUCACACAUAAUUCAAAAACUAAGCCUCCUAAAGAAAAACUAAUGGCUUUGAUCUGAAAGGAAAUUUUAUCCUCUACAAUUUUCUUUAUUGUCAUUUUUCUCUAGGAUGCACCGUUCGCCGGGAAAAUCAACUUUUAUGUCAAAAAACGUGAAUUUAAAAAAAAAAAAAAUGGAAAAAAUUCGAGAAAAAAAUUUAAAAUUAAUUCAGCAGAUAAUUUCAGCUAUUUUCAACAUGAUUUACAUAAUUUGAUAAAAUAUAAAUACAUAAUACGUUUAAAAAAAAAUAAAAAAAAAAAAAAACAGGUCAAAAACAUUUUUGUAAGGUCCAGUUUUUGUGUAGUGUUCGAAGCGCGCUCUACCAAAACAAAACUGAAUAAGUACAUAUUUCAGGCAUACAGGGUGGACAGAAAUAUCGGGUACCCCUAAAAAAGUUUUCUGCUAAAUACUUCGGUUGGUCACAGUGAAUGAUAAUAAUGGUAGCACAUGAUUGGUUGUUAGACUGGAGAGAUAACAUUUCACCAAUCAUAUGCAUCUAUUUCACGUUGCCAACCUAUAUUUUCAAUGAAAAACUUUCUUAGGGGUACCCGAUAUUUCUGUCCACCCUGUAGUAGAGCCCUGCGCCGCCGCGCCGCGCCGCCGCCGCCACCGAUUUUUCAAACAUUUUUCAAGCCGCCGCCGCCGUUUCAAAAAUUACUUCAGCCGCCGCAGCCGCCGCCGAGUAAUCUGCUCGGCUGAGCCGGCUCAACUCACUCAAUCAGCAAAUUUCAGGAGGAUUUUUCGAAUAUUUUGACUUUUUCAAAAACAAAAAUCAAAACUUUUCGUCAUUAAAAACAGCCAAUCUUUUCAGCUCGGAAAAAAUUGGUAUUUUCAUUUGAGAAGUUGAAUUUGAUUUUGCUUUCCAAUUUUUAUUUUGGGGUAAUUUUAAAAUUUACGAAAAAUUACCCCAAAAUUUCAACUUUGUAGCCGGCUGAGCCGCCGCCGAGCAAAAUUUUGGCAGCCGCCAAGACCUUCGGCUGGAAUCGGCUUCGCCGCCAGCCACAGUGCUGCGCGUACUGUAGCCGCCGCCGAUCAUUUCGCUGUCGGCGCAGGG